AUGGUAUUUAAUCAAGCUAUUUAUUAUUUAUUAACAUAUCUUGAACGUUCAAAUCUCGAUUUAAUCUAUUUGACAUGGUUAUGGGCUUUAUUUAAACCGUUAUGUCUUUUAUUAUUAUCAUUAUUUCUUUUGCCAGCAACUAUACUUUUAUUUAUUUAUGGUUCAUCAUUAUUUUGUCUGAUCUACAAACAUUGGAAUCGGUUAAAAGCAGCUUAUUCAGAUGAUCUCUGGUAUGGAGCAUUAAAAACAUUGGCUAUUCUAUGGGAAUUACAAGGAAAUAUAUGGCAUGGCUAUGAAGUUGAAGGAUUAGAACAUAUUCCAACUGAAGGUCCAGUUCUAAUUGUUUUCUAUCAUGGUGCAUUACCUAUUGAUUUCUAUUAUUUAUUUGCUAAAAUUUGGCUUUAUCGAAAUCGACGUGUACGUGUUGUUGCUGAUAAAUUUGUAUUUAAAAUACCCGGUCUUGGUACACUUCUUGAAGCAUUAGAAAUUCAACCAUCAACAUCAGCUAUGUGUAAAUCAAUGCUCGAAGAAGGUCACGUACUUGCUGUUUCACCUGGUGGUGUUCGUGAAGCACUUUUUGGUGAUCAUAAUUAUCAGUUAAUAUGGAAGGAAAGACGUGGUUUUGCAAAAGUUGCAAUCGAAGCUAAAACUGCAAUUAUUCCAAUGUUUACAAAAAAUGUUCGAGAAGCUGUACGUGCUAUGACAUUUGGUCGUCGAUUUUUAAGUUAUAUUUAUGAAAAAACUCGAUUACCACUUGUGCCAAUCUAUGGAAUGUUUCCAGUAAAAAUGAUUACUUAUCUUGGCGAACCAAUUCCAUAUGAUCCUGAUGUAACAACAGAAGCACUUGUUGCUCGAGUGAAAAAAGAAAUUGAAACUUUAAUAGAAACUCAUCAACAACGUCCGGGUAGUAUAACACGAGCAUGUCUCGAUCGAUUUAGUUGUUUUUCAAGGAAUCAAACGAUAAUAAAGAAUGAAUAA